AUGCCGUCGAUGAUAUCUACUGCCAUCCAAAACACCUUCAUCAAAGCGGCAGCAAAUCUCACGGCCCAGGUAGCCGUUCAGUGGGGCUCGAAGGAGCCACAACCCCUGGAUCGUCAACGCAUCUUCGAGUUUGCUGUCUUUGGCUUCAUCGGCGCCCAUAUCGGCUACGUCUGGCAUCAUCUUUUGGAGCAUCGGUUCCCCACACAUGCGGCACUUCAUGUCGGCCAGCCGCCUGUGAUUGCACCUGGGGAAAAGGAUAAGGACACCCACGUACCCCUCCAACCACCACCACAGACGGCAGACCAUGGCUCGGGGGCGACCAAGGUUAGCUGGAAGAAUGUGGUCGCCAAACUGGUUGCAGACCAGACAAUAGGGCUAUGUGUCAUGAUCACAACGUUUCUCAUCAUUACGAACAUAGCCCGCGUGCCCCAUCUCGUCGACGUUUUUGAUGUGAUCCGGGAGAAACUUUUUCAGUUGGUCAGGGCAGGGUGGCACCUGUGGCCCAUUGUUGCCGUUUGCAACUUUCUAUGGGUGCCAGUGAGGUGGCGCGUUCUCGUAUCUUCUUGCGUUGGAUUCAUUUGGAACAUAUUCUUGAGUUUGGUUUCCAUGUCGGGACCCGGCACGGACCCAAAGGUCGGACAGCAUUGA